AUGGCUCACUGGGGCCAACCACCGUGGUCCGCCCCACCCUACCCGCAACAUCACCCUCACGUCUACAUCCCUGGCCCACAGUACGCAAACUGGUGGACUCACCCAGAAGCAUACGGAGGUAGACCAAAUCCACCACCUUCCGUCCGAUCCAAACAAUACCCCAACCUAAACCCAAUUCUAGCAGCCGACACAACCCUCCUCCGCUUCGACAUCAAAAGAAAACCACGCACCGAGAUCCUCGCAUCGACAUACUACUCCAACCGCAACUCACCCGCCCGCGCAUCGCCCUUCACACACAUGCGUCUGAUCUCGAAAUCUUUCCCCUGGACGAUCGAUAUCGUCUCCCCGGACAACAUCACGUGCGAAGUCGUGUGGGACGCGCUGUACUCUGCGCUGCAGCAGCCCAUUGUCGAUUCGGAGUGGGGAUUUAUUGUUAGGGAUGGGGAAAUGAAGGAAACGGUGGAGAAGGCUGUGAAGAAGCGGUUGACGGCGGAUGGGGGCAAGGGGGAUAAACAUUAUAAGAGGAUUGAUUUCUUGGGGGAUGAGACGAUUUUCAAGGGGUUGGAGAAGGAUGACGAACUUGAGAAGGCGAUGGUGUUGCCGCUGUCGCAGGGAGUUACGGAGACUUGGGUGGUUAAGCUAUCUUCGUGA